UUUUGCAGAAUGAGCUCUACUGAUCCGAUCCUUGACAUCUCCUUCGACAAACCAGUCUACUACCCAGGUGACAACAUGAAGCUUACAGUUUCGGUUGAUACCAAGAGACCACUGAAUGCCAGAUCUGUAAUGUUUAGAUGCAGAGGAUUUAGAAACCGAACUGUAUCAUUCUUGAAUAAAUACGGGAUUGCAUGGAUUUGCAAGGACGGAAAGAAUGAGCUCCCAGUAGGCCGCCUUGAACAAAAAUUUCAGUUCGAACUAGGAAAAGAUUGUCCACCGACAUACAAGGAUGGGAAAAUUAUCUACAAAGUGCGUCUGGAGAUUGACCAACCAUGGUCGCGACCUUUGUUCAUUGAAAAAGAAUUCAAGAUGGUUCACAAGCUGGCCGAUCAGAAAAUGAGUCAAGUUAUGACUUAUACAAGUAGUCCAAGAUUUGAUGCAUUGUUUUCAAACGGACAGCCGACAUUUAAGGUUACAAUGCCCAAGUUCACCUUAUAUCCUGGCGAGACCACCGAAUUCAAAUUGGAAGUGGAGAAUCAUAGCUCAUCAACUGUCAAAAAAAUCUAUGCCGAGCUCGAAGCAGAACCUUUUCCCCUUUAUCACAUAUAUGGCAACACAAAGGCUAAGGGGAAAAUGCACGUUUUAGUAGCUCCAUACUCAACUCAAAAGUUCACCAUACCGUUUACAAUCCCAACAGAUUUGACAGCAAGCUUCCACACUUGCGGAUCGUCCUUGAAGUACACCAUGAAAUUCGGAUUGGUAACUGACUCCUGGCUCACGACAGACCCGGCGCUAGCUCUCGUAGUUUCUAUUGGAGAGCUGGAAAGUGAGGAGAAAAAGGAUGAAGCCUUGAAAACUCCACCACCACCACCAUACACUGCGUGAACUUACAUGAACUUUACGAUUUUAUAACUUUUCAAUAUAUCUUCCCCAACUCUUACUCUUUCCGUUAAAUUUUAUUCAGAUCUUCACCUUAAAUUGUAAUUUCUAUAACCGUAUUGCCGAACUAUGAACAAUAAACAAUAAACAGAAA